AUGAAGUCUAGUGAAACACCUGUUGUUAAUAAUUCCGAACAAAACUAUGGUGAAAGUUUAACCUACGACCCAGAGUUUAAAGGACCAGUAAAAAACAGAUAUUGUACAGAUAUCCUUUGUCUUUUCUUUUUCGUCGCAUUCAUUGCAGGAUGGAUCGUUGUUGGAUAUUUUGCUUUUCGGGAAGGAGACCCCAGAGUUUUGCUGUACCCGACCGAUUCUGAAGGGAAUAUGUGUGGCAUUGGAAAGUUACAGAACAAAUCUUUUCUUUUCUACUUUGACUUAAUGAAAUGUGCCAACCCAUCAGUUUUAAUAAAUGGUUGUCCUACCCCACAGGUUUGUGUUGAACAAUGCCCAAAUGAAACCUUUUUGGCACAUCCUAAUGAUCCUCAACUGGAAUUGAAGAAACCAAAAUUUAUCUGCAAGUAUGAUGCCAGAACAGAUCUAAAGAGUGCAAUUGAUUUAGUAAAAGAUGAAGACUGUGCUAUGUUAUAUCUCAAGAGUACUUCAGUGGAAGCAACACAUUUUGCAGAAGAUUUGCCUCAUGGCAUGAGAGAUAUUUUUGUUGGACGAUGUGUUCCUGAGAUUUUCUUAAAAGCUGUUCCUGAUCAACCCCUCAGAGAUGAAUUUAACCGAACAAUAUCUGAAGAAAUAACUACUGCGGAAGUUAAAAAAGCAGUGGGCUUUUUGGCGAGAUUUUUAAGUGUACAAGAAGUUGGAGAAAAGUUAUUUUAUGAUUUUAAGCUUAGCUGGUACUUUAUUGUAAUUGGCUUACUUUUUGCCAUGCUGGUAUCACUCGUUUGGAUUGUCUUGAUGCGAUGGAUAGCUGGACCCAUGAUUUGGUUGAGCAUCGUUAUUGUUCUUGGCUUCAGUGCAUUUGCUUGUUACUACAGCACAACUAGAUAUAUUGCACUGAAAGAUGACCCAGCAGCAGGAGGGAAGUUUCAGAUAACUCUAAACCUUAAAAGUUAUUUGGCCAAGAAAAACACAUGGCUUGCUUUUGCAAUUAUAACAGGAGCUGUGUUUACUAUAUUCCUUUUGAUAUUGUGUUUCUUGCGAAAACGCAUUCUGAUUGCGAUCGCACUCAUCAAGGAAGCAAGCAGGGCUGUGGGAUCUAUGUUUACAGCCUUGUUGUUUCCAGUGAUUCCUUAUUUAUUUAUGUCGGUGUUCAUUGCUUUUUGGAUUGCAGUGGCUUUAUAUAUUGCUUCUUCUGGAAAAGCUUCUUUUAUUAUUGCUGAUGCUCCUGAGGGAUCAGGUGUUGAAAAUGGAACCAUAUGCAACCCAAGCAAGUUCAUAAACAAUGCCACUACAGAAGGCAUGAAAUGUUUAUUUCAAACCUAUGGAUUGAAAGACAAUUUAUUUUCUGCUCAUGUGUAUAAUACUUUUGGCUUAUUUUGGGGAUUGUUUUUCUCGAUUGGUUUGGGCCAAGUGUCGCUUGCUGGAGCCUUUGCCUCGUAUUAUUGGACCCAGGAUAAGAAAAAUGUCAGCAGUUUUUCGUGGGUUGUUGGCUUCUAUCGGUGCAUGCGCUAUCACAUGGGUUCUGUGGCUUUUGGAUCUUUGAUCAUUGCUGUUGUCAGAAUGAUACGUGUUAUGUUAGAAUAUGUCGAUCAGAAAUGCAAGAAAUAUGACAACCAAUUCACUAAAGUCAUUCUCUGGUGCAUGAAAUGCUGCUUUUGGUGUUUAGAGAAAUUUUUGAGAUUUAUAAGCAAGAAUGCUUAUAUAAUGAUUGCUGUUUAUGGGAAAAAUUUCUGCGUCUCAGCUAAGCGUGCCUUUAUGCUGUUAAUGAGAAAUGUUGUUCGAGUUGUGGUUUUGGACAAAAUAACGGAUUUUCUGCUAUUUAUUGGAAAACUUGUCGUUGUUGCAUUCACAGCCACUAUUUCAUUUUACUUGUUUGCCACUGAACAAAAAAUUUACAAAGGAAUUCCUUCUCUAAACUUCAACCUGCUUCCACCUAUAUUUAUCACUCUUGGCUCAUACCUAAUUGCAUCUGCAUUUUUUAAUGUUUAUGGAAUGGCUGUUGAUACCCUUUUCCUAUGCUUCUUGGAGGAUUGCGAAAGAAAUGAUGGCAGCCCAGAAAAACCUUAUUACAUGUCGAAAGAACUGAUGAAGAUAUUGGACAAGAGGAAUAAGUUCAGAGACCCAAAGAGCUCUCCUUGAGCUGAGGAAGGCAAAAGAACCAUCCAAAGAGCAUCCUGUUCGAGCCACUCAUACAAUAAUGCAUACAUUUUCCUAUUUAUAUCCAAUGGCGGUAGUUUAGUCGAGAGAUUUUCGCAAUACCAUUAACUUUAUUUCUUUUACUUCAUACAUAUUUUGAUAUACUUUAUUGUGAUUGUACAUAUGCUUAAAACAUGAGUUUGACGUCUUUUACUUUUUUUAAAUUUUGUGAUUGAAUUCUUUUCCCGCAUGUUCCCAAGACGUUUUAGUAAACAGUUAGAAAAUUGUUUUUAAGAAUCUCAAGUACUCCAUUUGCAUCCAUUCCCCCUCUCAUUACUUAAAAUGUUAAUUUUGAAUAUAUGCUUACAUAAAAAAUAGCAUGAUUUAAUUGCGAGAUAUAUAAAUAUUUUUUUUUAUAUUUAAUGAAAAUCAUGUCACCAAUAUGUUUCGUAAACAUAUAAAAUGAAGCAAAUUGAAACAAACUUGCAAAUAGGGGCGAAAGUUUUCAGUCUUUCGACGGAUUUCCAUCUUUUAAAAAUAAUUCAAAGCUGAGUGAGAUGGUUCAAGACCAGAGCAAUCAGUAAACAAGAUAAUUCUGGUAAGUUGAAAUAGCUUGGAUUUUUUAUUCAAUUUGUAUUUUAUUUAAAAGAAAACUGCUACUCAUUACCUAAUAAUGGAAAAUGAAUUAUGUUUAAAUUAAUUUAAAACAAAGUUUUGAAAAAUUUUAUAAUUUUAUUUCUAACAAAACACCACAUUCUUCGGUGUAUUUAUAUAUUUUUUAUUUUUGAGCACUUUUAAAGAAAAUAUGGUUUUUUGAGUAUAAAAUGCUGUAUUUAAACCUUUUACUUUCUUAAAAACUAAAUUUUAGACACACCCACUAGUUUUUUAAAAAGGUUUUCAUCCUUAUAAUGAAUUUUUCAAACUUUCACCCCUGCUUACAAAUUUGCUCAAUGCUUCAGAUUAUCUUGCAACUAUGUCUCGGUUUCAUUAACGGAAAUAUGUGAUAUGUAUUAUACACUUUUUUAUUUGUAAUAUAUCCAUGUGUUCAUUUGCACCCGACCUCAAAUAACACUUUGACGAGAGCAGAUCUAAUAUUAUAAAUGAAUUGUACAAAGACGAACAAAUAGUUUUGAUUAAGAAGUUCUCUGCUUUUUAUCGCACAAAAUGUUUUAAAUCUCUAGAAUAAGAGAGAUUUCUCCUAAACCUGAAAUUGUGCUCUAUUUCUCACAUUUCUUCUCACAAAGUGAUAACGCAGUGCAGCUACCAGAGGCCUUAACUUAGCAAGUUUAUUAAUUGUACUGCCAGUUGUGAAGCACAAUUUUCGUAUGAUUAAUAUUUUCUUUAAUAUUUAGCAACGCUGUGCUUUUGCACAAUUUUUUGCGACUGCACAAGCUAUAAAACUUUCUAUUAUAGCAAGCUAUUUAAAUUUUGUACGUAUUUUGCUAUAGGAUUUUUGUAUAUAAUGCACUAAGCGUUCACUGCUGUGUCAGAACAAUACAUGCAUUAGAUUUUAUAAGCAUUCAUGCUUUAAAAGCUUUAUACAUAUAUAUACGUACAUUUUGAAGCUGUUGAGUGUUGCUAAUUUACAGAUUUUUAUAUUUGAAAUGCAAUGAAAUUUUUAACUGUAGCUUAUGUUUCUAGUUUUAUUAGCUUUUUUAAUGCAUUUUCUAUAUUACCUUUAUAAAGAUGCCAAAUAUUUAUUGAGUACAACAUACGGGUGAUUAUAAGUAGAUUGGUUUUAUUCUAGAGUAUUUAUAGUCUCAAUGAAAGUUUACUUUAAAAUGUACGAAAAUACUUAUUUUAAAUAUUUUAAUAAUUCAUACUUUUGCUUGUGAAAAGAUAAGUGAUUUUCAUUGAACUGUAACACAACUUUAAUUGAGAGAACUUGUUUUGUAUAUAAAUAGUUUAUGGCAUUGAACAUUUCAGUAUUAUUUUUUAUUCCAUAUUUCAAAUAUUCGGAUAUUGAUGUUUGUAACCUUAAACUGUUGACUCUAGUGUAGAAAUAAAGUUUUCUAUUACUAGUGUUUAA